CAACGUAAAAGCGCAACCAUCAGUAUUCUACGUCAGAAUGAUGGUACAUAAGCUGAGUUACUUGUGUGUGAUUUGAAUUGAUCAAAUGUGGCUAUGAAGAACUCUAUUACUAAAAACAAGCCAGCUUGUUUUUGUAAUAUAGCGUCUAUAUGUGUAUAGCCGGCUGUAAGUUCUGGUGCGGUCUAGUCAAGCUGAGCCUUUUAAAUAAGGGAUUGGACUGCGGAUUUUGCUAAUAACAUUAGCCUUCACUGGGUAAGCUAGUUGGAGUUACGCUGUACAUUUAGGUAGUUAUUUUUGCGUCAGCAAAGUGCGAGGAUGUAGCUCUUUUACAUUCAGGAUGGAACCUAUUGGAAAGAGUACACAAUAGAAUAUAUGUAACCUUUUUAACACCCCCACCCUACCUUAUACUUUUUAGAACGGCCCCACACGGCGCAAAUAAGCGCCCAGAAACAACCUGAGAAGAUGAGCCUGCCACUCUCUCGAUCCGAAGUGUUCGGGCAGCUUCGGAAAGACCUUUAUGAUGAUGAGGAGUUCCAUCAGACGGAUGUUCACAUCUUUAUCAUCAUGGGUGCUUCGGGGGAUCUAGCCAAAAAGAAAAUCUACCCGACACUAUGGUGGCUCUUCAGGGACGGGCUCCUCCCAGAGGACACUUACUUCGUGGGCUUCGCCCGCUCGGACCUGACGGUGGACGCCAUUCGGGCUGCGUGCCUGCCACACAUGAAGGUGGGCGAGUCCGAGGCGGAGCGCGUGGAUGCGUUCUUCAAGCGGAACUUCUACGUGAGCGGGAAGUACGACGACGACGCCUCCUUCACCAAGCUGCACGAGUACCUGCUGGGUCUGCCCAGUGGCAGCGAGGCCAACCGCCUCUUCUACCUGGCACUGCCGCCCAGCGUCUACCACAACGUCACCAAGAACAUCCGCAACCACUGCAUGGCCACCAAGGGCUGGAACAGGGUGAUUGUUGAGAAGCCCUUUGGUCAUGACCUCCAGAGUUCCGAGGACCUGUCGAAUCACCUCUCCUCUCUGUUCACGGAGGACCAGAUCUACCGCAUCGACCACUACCUGGGCAAAGAGAUGGUUCAGAAUCUCAUGGUUCUCAGGUUUGGCAACCGUAUCUUUGGUCCUAUUUGGAACAGGGACAGCAUAGCCAGUGUGGUACUGACCUUCAAGGAGCCUUUUGGCACACAGGGUCGAGGCGGCUAUUUCGACGAGUUUGGCAUCAUCCGUGAUGUCAUGCAGAACCACCUUCUCCAGAUGCUUUGUCUGGUUGCCAUGGAGAAACCCGCCUCCACCAGUUCCGACGACGUUCGAGAUGAGAAGGUGAAAGUGCUGAAGUGCAUUUCUCCACUCACCCUGGAUAAUGCCGUGUUGGGACAGUACGUGGGGAAUCCGGAGGGGGAGGGAGACGCGAAGCUCAGCUACCUGGACGACCCCACCGUUCCCAAAGGAUCCACGACCGCCACCUUCGCCACCGCGGUCAUUUACGUCAACAACGAGCGCUGGGAUGGUGUUCCGUUUAUCCUGCGGUGUGGCAAGGCUCUGAAUGAGCGGAAGGCCGAGGUGCGGCUGCAGUUUAAGGACGUGCCCGGCGACAUCUUCGGCUCGCAGUGCCGGCGCAACGAGCUGGUGGUGCGCGUGCAGCCCAACGAGGCCAUCUACGCCAAGAUGAUGACCAAGAAGCCCGGCGUCUACUUCAGCCCCGAGGAGACCGAGUUGGACCUCACCUACGGCAGCAGAUACAAGGAUGUCAAACUGCCUGAUGCAUACGAGCGUCUUAUCCUGGACGUUUUCUGUGGCAGUCAGAUGCACUUUGUGCGCAGCGAUGAACUAAGGGAAGCGUGGAGGAUCUUCACUCCUCUUCUUCAUCAGGUAGAGAAAGAGAAGACGCCCCCCAUCAAGUACACUUAUGGAAGCCGUGGUCCCCCAGAGGCCGACGAGCUCCUGCAGAGGGUUGGCUUCCGCUACGCCGGCACUUACAAAUGGGUUGAACCCCACAGGCUGUGAAGAUGAACCACAUGAACCACAUCUCCAGGAAGUCAGCGGGGGGGGGCAGAGAAGGAAGCAAAGAAAGA